AUUUUCCUGCCUAAAUCCUCUUUUAUCCACACAGUCCCCGGGAAAAAUGCAGAUAUUUAUCCGAGAGAGGGCGUUUUAUAAUAAAGCAUCCAUGAGCCACAGAAUCCUGAAUCCUGGCAGCUGAUUGGCUGCUGGCUGCUUCCUCUUGUUGGGUCGGACCUGUUGGAUAAAAGGACCAUUUUCUAAAGGACUCAUGUGUGUUACACGGAGGAUCAUGCACUGGGGACCAGCAGCCUGCUGUAAUAAGACAUAGGCCUCUUUUUAAAAAAAUAAUAAAAUAAAAAAUAAUUUAAAAAAUAAAGUAGCAAUCGAGUUAUGACGGGGAAACAAGGCGCCGUGCUGUCGGAAAGUUUAAAUGUGUCGGAGAAAACGUCCGUGGCUGCAAAUGGAGGCGGCAACAGCCUCCAGGCGAAGAGCAGCGCCGCGCACCCGCCGCACAGGUGCACCGGCUUCGGCAUCCAGGAGAUACUGGGGCUCAAUAAGGAACCGCCCGCGGCCCCGAGGAACAGCCUGGGCUCGCUGCCGCCCGGUGCGCACCUCAUCGCCGCCAGGUCCGUGCUGCGCCCCGCCGGCGUGGGAGUGGGAGUCGGGAUGGGAUUAAUCGGCCCUGGUGGAAUUCCGUCGUUUUACAGUCAGCCCGCGUUUUUGGAGACGGUUCUGUCGGACGCACACGACGUUCACCUGCAGCCGCACAGCAGAGCCGCUGCAGGGCCGAUGGACACCAGCCAGUCUGCGAGCUCAGACUCCGAGGAUUUGUCUUCAAAUGAACGAAAACUCACAAAGUCAUCUGUAAAUCAGAGCAAGAAGCGCAAGAAAAGACGUCACCGAACCAUAUUCACCUCAUAUCAGCUGGAGGAGCUGGAAAAGGCCUUUAAUGAAGCACAUUACCCGGAUGUUUACGCCCGAGAGAUGCUGGCCAUGAAAACAGAGCUUCCUGAAGACCGGAUACAGGUGUGGUUUCAGAACCGCAGAGCCAAGUGGAGGAAGAGGGAGAAAUGCUGGGGCCGCAGCACUGUGAUGGCCGAGUACGGGCUGUAUGGAGCCAUGGUCAGGCACUCCAUCCCUCUGCCCGAGUCCAUCCUUAAAUCUGCCAAGGACGGCAUCAUGGAGUCGUGCGCCCCCUGGCUGCUCGUCCAAGAUGGCUUACCAAUCAACAGACGCAAUUCUAAAUCUGAAUACCCGCAACUCUUUGCAGGGAUGCACAAAAAGUCCAUGGAGGCGGGCGAAAAGUGCGAGGUGCCACAGCCGCCACAGGCCCCACAGCCGCCGCCACAGCAGCAGCAGCAGCAGCAGCAGCCGCCCGGCUCUCAGAGGGCAGAAGACACUGAGGUGGAGGAAAAGAGGUCAGACGGCAAGUCCACCAUUUCUAAAGAGGAACUGAGAGAGAACAGCAUUGCUGCACUCAGGGCCAGAGCACAGGAGCACAGUGCCAAAGUGCUGGGGACAGUUUCUCACGACAGACUGCAGGAGGGCAAACAGGAGGGACAGGUGGCGGAGGAGAAAGCCACUGAUCCCAGCAGUCCAGCAGAGGAGGAGAAUAAAGACUGAGGACCGUUGUCCUCCUCCUCCUCCUCCUCCUGAGUGAAUGCAGUGAUCUGCUGUCAGCAUGUGUACGCACUCUGUCCUGCAGCUUUUCUCCCCCAGCGUCGUUAUCGACUUCAAAAACUCAUCUGCUGCACAGAAAGACGCAAAAUGCACUUUUUAUGAUUUCACUUCCAAAACUUAAACGUGUCGACGUAAAGCUGUUGUUUCUGAUGCGUGGCAGACGUGGGAGCGACGUGUUAAUAUUGGUUCAUGUGCACUAGAUAGAGUCUGACGUGUCAUUAAUCACAUUUUUAAUCCGGAUUACUAACGAGUCAGACUUAACUUCAUUGUUAAAAGAUUCAUUUUAAUGUUGCUUGUACCAUUGGCACCACCAGUUUGAAAAGAAACAAAGUAAAUGUCGUCCUAUGUCACGCUGUACAUUAUUGAUAUAUUAAUCUCUCUCUCUCUCUCUCUAAGGCACAAUUUGAAAAUAUUUUUUUC